UGUACUAAAUUUGGGAUUUCGUUUGGCUAGGUCACCUUCUGCUCCCCCACAUAUAAAAGGAACGGUAGCAUCCUCUCGAAGCCCUAAUUCAGCCGCGAAGAGAUAGCUGAUUCUCUCUGGUUCGUUCGUCCAUCCGGAAGACUAGAACCAUGACUUUCAAGCGCAGGAAUGGUGGACGCAACAAGCAUGGACGCGGACAUGUGAAAUUCAUCCGCUGCUCCAACUGUGGUAAAUGCUGCCCCAAGGAUAAGGCCAUUAAGAGGUUCCUUGUUAGGAACAUCGUGGAGCAGGCAGCUGUUAGGGAUGUUCAGGAAGCGUGUGUCUAUGAUCAAUACACUCUUCCUAAGCUAUAUGCUAAGAUGCAGUACUGUGUUUCCUGUGCUAUCCACUCUCACGUUGUGAGGGUUCGAUCACGCACUGAUAGGAGGAAACGUGAGCCACCACAGCGAUUCAUUAGACGCAGGGAUGAUAUGCCAAAGCCUGGACAGCCAGGACAGGCCCCUCGCGUUGGUGCUGGAGCUGGAGCUCCUCCUCCCCGUCCCUGAAGAGGAACCCCUUUAUAUGCUCUAUUUAAUUUUCUCAUGGUUGCUGCAAUUUGGUGAACUUGAAUUUUAUUUAGCAUUUCUCGAUAUAUUUUUAGGGUUUUGUUUUGAGUUAAGGAAUUAUGCUGUACUUCUGAAAUCUGAUAAAUUUUUGGUUUAACGAGGACUUGAUUGUCGCGACUAUCUAA